UGCAGCAGCGCAGCUGUGUUCAGUGCAGACUCAUAUGCAACUCAACAUGAGCAUGCUAUCGUUUUUCUGGAGGAAUGGAAUAGAGACACCGGAGCCCCUGAAAGCAGAAGUGUCAGGCACCAUCCCAUCAUGGCUUCAGGGGACACUUUUGCGCAAUGGCCCUGGUCUGUUCUCAGUUGGAGACACUUCAUACAAGCACUGGUUUGAUGGAAUGGCACUCAUCCACAGUUUCACCUUUAAAGACGGUGAUGUAUUUUACAGGAGUAAAUUCUUGAAGAGUGAAACAUACAAAAAGAACACGGCUGCCAACAGGAUUGUUGUUUCUGAAUUUGGAACCAUGAUCUACCCAGAUCCCUGCAAGAAUAUUUUCGCAAAAGCCUUCAGUUAUCUGCAGAACGCCAUCCCAGAUUUCACAGAUAAUAAUCUCAUUAACAUCAUAAAAUAUGGUGAAGAUUAUUACGCAUCAUCAGAGGUGAACUACAUCAAUCAACUUGACCCAAUGACUCUUGACACAUUAGGAAGAACUAACUACAGAAACCAUAUCGCCUUGAACUUGGCAACCGCACAUCCUCACUACGAUGAUGAAGGGAACACAUACAACAUGGGCACUGCCUUAAUGAGCUUCGGCAGACCGAAAUAUGUUAUUUUCAAGGUGCCUGCCAAAGCCUCAGAUAAAGGGAAGAAGCCAGCCUUAAGUGAGGUGGAGCAAAUUUGCUCCAUUCCUUUCCGAUCCACCCUCUACCCUAGCUACUUCCACAGCUUUGGCAUGACGGAAAACUACAUAAUCUUUGUGGAGCAGGCCUUCAAGCUGGAUAUUCUCAAACUGGCCACAGCUUACUUCAGAGAUGUCAACUGGGGCAGCUGCCUAAAAUUUGACAAAGAUGAUGUUAAUGUUAUCCAUCUGAUCAAUAGGAAAACUGGGAAAACUGUGAGCACAAAGUACUAUACAGAUGCAUUUGUGGUCUUCCAUCACAUCAAUGCCUAUGAGGAGGAUGGCCAUGUUGUCUUUGACUUGAUUACAUACCAGGACAGCAAUCUGUACGACAUGUUCUAUAUAAAAAACAUGAAGCAAGAUGUUGACAAGUUCAUAGAGAACAACAAGGACUUCUCUCAACCAACGUGCCAGCGGUUUGUCCUUCCUGUCAACAUAGAGAAGAAAAGUCGAUCAGACACAAACCUUGUCAAGUUGAAGGACACAACAGCCACAGCAGUGUUGAAGCCGGACGGCUCGCUCUACUGUAGCCCCGAUACCAUUUUUCCAGGUUUAGAAUUACCAGGUAUCAACUACAAAUACAACAGUAAGAAGUACAGGUACAUCUAUGGCUCCAGGGUUGAGUGGUCACCAUAUCCAAACAAGAUUGCAAAAGUUGACAUAGUUACCAGAACACAUCAGGAGUGGAUAGAAGAGGAAUGUUACCCAUCUGAGCCCGUGUUUAUUGCAUCUCCGAAUGCUGUCGAAGAAGAUAAUGGUGUGAUCCUGUCUUCUGUGGUUUCAUUUAAUCCACAAAAGCCACCUUUCCUGGUGGUCCUGGAUGCUAAGUCCUUUAAAGAGAUUGCUCGGGCUUCCAUUGAUGCCACAGUUCAUAUGGACCUACAUGGACUUUUCAUCCAUGAAAAGUCUACCUCAAAUGAUCCAUAGCAAGUUUCAUAACUUAAAGUGAUAGUUCAUCCAGAAAGGAAAAUUCUAUCAUUGUGUACUCACACUCACGUUGUUCCAAAUGCUAAUGACUUUCUUUGAGAUGUUUUGAGAUGUUGAACUUUAGCCUCAGUCACCAUUCCCUUUUUUAUUUGGAAAAAAAAAGGAUGCUAAUGAAAGUGAAUAGUGACUGAGGCUAAUAUUCUACCUAAGAUCUCCUUUUGUGUUUCGUAGAAGAAAGAAAGUGAUUUGGGUUUGGAAAAACAUGACGUAGUGGGUUAAAGCACUGAAAUGGUAAGCAGGUUGCUGGUUCGAUCCCCACAGCCACCACCAUUGUGUCCUUGAGCAAGGCACUUAACUCCAGGUUGCUCCAGGGGGAUUGUCCCUGUAAUAAGUGCACUGUAAGUCGCUUUGGAUAAAAGCAUCUGCCAAAUGCAUAAAUGUAAAUGCAUAAACAUAAAGGAAGAAUGUCAAAAUUGUAAAUAACAAUUUAUCUUGUAACAAAACAAGUGUUGAUUUUAUUGUAAUCUUUCUUUUUGUUUUUGCAAAGACUUACACUGAUCAGCCACAGCAUUAAAAUCACCUGCCUAAUAUUGUGUA